AGCCGCAGCCGCGGGAUGGGCCUGAGCCCGGCCGCCCCCGGGAAGAGCAGGCUCCGCCUCUCCCGCUCCCCCGGGCCCCGCCCCAAGCCCGCGUCCGGAGCCGCAAGUACGCGGCCCAGCCGUGACCCCGUCGGCCCGGGCGCCGCCGCUGCAACCGGCCCCCUCCCCAUCGAGCCGCCGCGCCCCGGCCUGGAGGCCCUACUGGGAGAAAUAGCCUCUCAAGCGUUGGUCCAGCUCUCUCCCAAGCACCUGCAGCAGGGAACCUCAGAACUGGACAGAAGCGUCCAGGAGGGGGAGGAGCCCGGAGUUAACUUGGAGACCACACCCAGCCAGAAAAGAGCAGAGUCACAUUCAACCCCGAAGCCUGAGAGCGCAAGCAAGUUAGCAAAGCAAGCCGCCAAGAGCAAACCAAGACCCAGACCUGGAGACCUGAUUGAGAUUUUUCGCAUCGGCUAUGAGCACUGGGCCAUCUACGUGGAAGACGACUGUGUGGUCCAUCUGGCUCCCCCGAGUGAGGAAUUUGAGGCCGGCAGUAUCAGUUCCAUCUUCAGCAACCGGGCCGUGGUGAAAUACAGUCGCCUGGAGGACGUGCUGCACGGCUGCUCUUGGAAGAUCAACAACAAGCUGGAUGGGACGUACCUGCCCCUGCCCGUGGACAAGAUCGUCCGGCGCACGAAGAAGAUGAUCAACAAGAUGGUGCAGUACAGCCUGAUUGAUGGGAACUGUGAGCACUUCGUCAACAACCUCAGAUACGGUGUGCCCAGGAGCCAGCAGGUGGAACACGCCCUGAUGGAAGGAGCGAAAGCUGCUGGUGUGGUUAUUUCAGCUGUGGUGGACAGCAUACGGCCCAAGCCUGGCCCCGCCUGAAGGUGCUGGAAAUUCCAGGCAGAGGAAGAACGGCUGCCACCAGCAAGGACAAUCACAGCCCCUUUCCUCCCCUUGCCUUCUCUCGCCAUAGCUCCUCCCGAGAAAAUCGGGAGCUUCUGGAGGAAUCUCGGGUGUAUCCAAUUACCCCCCCCAGAAAUACAUCCAAUAUAUGUGAUCAUAGAUCCAUGGA